GAAUACAUUUCUUUCUAAACCACGGAAGCCUUCGUAAAUUUCAAUGCUUAUUUUUUCCAUCUUCUCUGUUUCUUUCAUCCCCGCCAUCUUAUUUGAUUCGCUUCUUCUGCAAGAAAACUAAUCACAAUUCUCUCUAAUCUCACGCCGGAGAUCCAAUUUCACCCUCAUAUUUGCGGCCGUCGGAAGGAAUCUCCAUCACCCUUGUAUCAGUCGACGCUUUCUACAGUCGGCUCAAUUUUUUUUAUCAUGAAUCCCGAGUACGAUUACUUGUUCAAGCUUUUGCUGAUUGGAGAUUCAGGAGUUGGCAAAUCUUGUCUUCUGCUUAGGUUUGCUGAUGAUUCAUAUCUUGACAGUUAUAUCAGCACAAUCGGUGUGGACUUUAAAAUUCGCACCGUUGAUCAGGACGGAAAGACCAUUAAGCUUCAAAUUUGGGACACUGCUGGACAAGAAAGGUUCAGGACGAUUACUAGUAGCUACUAUCGUGGGGCUCAUGGCAUUAUAAUAGUUUACGAUGUUACUGACCUAGAAAGUUUCAAUAAUGUUAAGCAAUGGUUGAGUGAAAUUGACCGCUAUGCAAGUGACAAUGUAAACAAACUUCUAGUCGGUAACAAGUGUGACCUUGCUGAGAGCAGGGUUGUGUCAUUUGAUACCGCAAAGGAAUUUGCUGAUGAAAUUGGCAUUCCAUUCAUGGAAACAAGUGCCAAAGACGCUACCAAUGUGGAGCAAGCUUUCAUGGCCAUGUCUGCUGAUAUCAAGAACAGGAUGGCAAGUCAGCCUUCAACCAACAAGAGGCCACCUACUGUGCAGAUCAAAGGGCAACCAAUUGGCCAAAAGGGUGGCUGCUGCUCAUCUUAGGUUAUUCUUUCCCUUUGUUUAAACUACCAUCCUGCCCAUAAAUCAAUCCUUUGCUUUUCAUAUCAUUUGAAGUCUUUAUUAUUAUUAUUAUUAUUGAUUGGGUUGUAUCCAUUGUAAAGAUUGUUUACUGCUAGUGAUUAAAUGCCUGCAGUUCCAAUCUACUGCAACCAGAAAAUCCAUUUUUGUUUUGUUUGUUUAGAUGGGGGAACAUUUUGGCAGACUUAUAAUCCAAUUUCAAAUAAUGUACCAAUUUUGGGUAGUCAUUUCACUUC